AUGUCGACAUCCACCAUAAAACUAGCCAUUGUCCUUGCAGGAGUCAGUGCAGCAAUUUCAGCUUCAAUCGCUCCCACGGUGGUGGCUCCGACCACUCUCGACUCGAGCAUCAUGUUGGCUGUCAUGGGACAAGGUGAACUCGACGACCAAAACUUCUCUGUCUUCAAGGCAUGCGUCCAAAAUCUGAACUCUACGUACAGAGCAUACGUAGACGAGGGUGUUCUGGUUUUACUCCCAACCGCAAACCGUACGAUUGACAUCAAGACCACCGACAUGGAUUUAUGGCAAUGUAUUGAGGCCUCAACGAGCACAGUCUCUCUUGCGCUUGAAUCAAGCGAGUUUGACGACGAAGUCCAGGAAACAAGCAUCGACAUCACGGCCAUUGAUCAUGCCAAUGCCGUAGAGAUGGGCGUCACAGGGCAGAUCGUGACUGGUCAUGUUCCCAGUCGCGCUCCAACGAGUGCAUUGGACAAGAGAGAUGCGGGCUAUUUCUACGCGUAUUCAUCCGAUGAGAAUACCUGCAACGGUGAUUUCAACUACUACCACACCCAAGAAUGCUAUGGAGUCGCGAGUGCCUAUUCCUCCACGGCGGCUGGCAACCUAGACCAGUCAGGACCACUUACUCUUUCCACGCAUACUAUUGUUAGCUCUUGCGGGAACAACAAAAGCAAGAAGCUGAUUGUGAGAGAUAUGGGUGGCAGAAAUCUUGAAGUUGUUCAACGGGAGGAAUGGUCUGUGUAUCGGCCAGCGCAAAGAAGCGGUUGCGGGAUGGUGCAAAGCUAUGUUGAGGCUUACACAUCUCUGCAGCCUUAUGUUUAUACAGUCAUUGCAUAA